AUGUCUUACAAUCCAGGUGUUUCCACAGGUCAACUCAACGUUAGCCAUUCUUCGGCCAUUACCUCCAACUUUACUAUCAAUGGUGCAACUAUUAAUGCAAACAAGUGUUGGCAUCCAGCUGCGAGUGAUACCAAUCCUUCUGUUACUGCUUCUAUCUCUACAGGAAUAGCUGAAAUUGGUUCAAUCCAACUCCAAGGUCGUCCAGAUGCCGAUCAAUGGGUAACCUCUUUCACCUUAAAGUAUACUCUUGAUGGUGUUAAUUGGAAGGAUUAUAACAAUGGUACUGCCAUUCUAACUGGUCUAAAUGAUAGAAACACUCCACAAACCCUCACCCUUGCUCCACCACUCAGAGCCCAAUCUGUAACUCUCUAUCCAUCUACAUUUAACGGCUCGAGAGCUCUUAGAUGGGAGAUAAACUACAAACCUAUUCCAAGACAAACCAUUACCAAUUUUGAGUAUGGAUUGUUUUCGACUCGUGAUGGAAAUUUCCCCAAACUCUACGAUGGUUCCAAUGGCGAUAAGAGAUACGAAAUUCAAGUUAAAUUCCAAACUGGUUUUAUCAGACCUCCUUUUGUGUCUAGUUCUCUCCAUAACAUCAAUAUGAGUAAGACUGGUCAAAGUUUCAAAUAUAGCUUUAUUCCACAUGAUAUCACCGAAGAUGGUUUCACAAUGCUCAUCAGAACAUGGGAUGAAAAUCAAUUAGAAGAAAUCUCUUUCAAUUGGCUUGCUUUUGAAAUUAGUCAAUAG